CACUGGCAGCAUUCAAACCAUCGCAUCUAAAAAAAACAUCAAAAUUUUUUAAAUAUUUAAAUAUCAUACUUUUUGAUCAUAAUGGAAGAGGAUGAAAACAGAAAACCGCCCCUGCCUAAUCAAACAGGAGUACCACCCUAUCGUCGUCUUUCAGACGAGCCCGAUACCUUAAUGCCUAGACCCAGCAUUAUAUUGCCACAUUUACAAGAAUCUGAAAAAAAGUUUUUUGAACUUGUAGCUGCAGGUGAUGUGUUGGCUGUUAAAGCAUUUUUGGAAACCAAUCGCGGUUUCAAUAUCAAUUGCGUUAAUUUUCAAGGAGUAUCAGCAUUGUUAGUAGCAGUGCAGAAUCAUUCAGAGCCAAUGGUAGAAUUUCUUCUCACUCAACCUGGAAUCGAUAUCGGUGAUUGCGUGUUGCAUGCCGUCAAAGACAACCAGAGAAAAAUUUUGGAAAGCCUUUUAGAAAAACUGAGCCAAAUUGCACCUAGUUUGGAAUUUGUCGGUGUUACGCAUAGCUCAGAUUUUCCCGACUAUGUUACCCCUUUGAUUUUAGCAUCUCAGUGUGGACAUUAUGAAAUUAUAGAACUCCUUAUCCAGAGAGGACACACUAUUAGUAAACCCCAUCCAGCAAGCUGUCGCUGUUCGGAUUGUAGAAUACAUUUAGAAAGGGACGAUCUUCUUCAUGCUGAGAGUUUAAGACUGAAUUUGUACCGUGCGGUUACGAACCCAGCCUAUAUCUGUCAUUCCACACACGAUCCCAUUCUAAUAGCCUUUCAGUUAUCGGAGGAACUAAAAGAAUGUUCCAUGUUAGUGCCGGAAUUUCGCGUGGCUUAUGCCGAAUUAUCAAGCGAAAUUAGUACUUUUGCUGUCGAUUUAAUUGCCUGCUGCCGAAGCACUAGCGAAAUGGAACUCAUUUUAAAACAAUCUUCUGGAACGUCAUCGCGUAUUUACAGUCUUCCCAGGUUAGCAUUAGCUAUGGACUAUAAACAGAAAACUUUCGUGGCUCAUCCGAACACCCAACAAAUAGUUGAAGCAGUGUGGAGCGACGAUUGGCACGAGUACAAACUAAAAUCUAUGUUUGUCGCUUAUAUUUUGCCAGUUUUACGAAUCUUUGUACUUCCCAUUAUAGCUUUGAUGUGUUUAGCUCUACCCAAUCACACUUUAACAAAGCACUGGAGUAUACCUCUGAAUAAAAUGAUUAGCCAUAUAGCAGCUUACAUCGUGUUCCUCAUCAUAAUCUUUCUAGAAUCGAAUAUAGAUAAAACGGGUCAGAAAAGGAAACCCCCGAACUCUGGAUUGGAGCCGAUUAUUAUAGUGUUUGUGGCUGGUCACGUAUGGAGUAGCAUAAGAAUGAUGAUGCUCGUGGGGCCAUCCAGAUAUUUUAAAAAAUUAUGGAAUUGGCACGCGGUUAUUAGUAACUGUCUAUUUUUAUUAACGUUUCUUUUUUGGCUUGCUUCAUAUUUUGAUGCCGUUAACAAUGACCAGGUAGACUUGGAACGAAAAUAUUGGCACCAUCUGGAUCCAUUACUGAUAGCCGAAGGCACAUUUGCUGUUGCAGUUAUAAUGGCGUUUUUUAAGCUUAUGUUUUUCUGCAGAUUAAAUUACUAUCUGGGACCUUUGCAAAUAUCUUUGGGAAAAAUGUGCGCCGAUAUGGCAAAGUAUUUUACUAUAUUCACGAUAAUAAUAAUAUCCUUUAGUGCAGGCUUAUGUAGAUUCUAUCAGUAUUAUGAUGGGAUGGUGCAAAUAGAUGAUAACGAGAUGAAAACCCAGCAGGUAUCGUCUUUUGUAGAUUUCUCUUCAACUUUGAAAACAUUUUUUUGGGCCAUACUGUGUAUGGCGCCAUUGGAGAGCGCAGACGUUGUAAUUGAAAACUUACCGGGAGAGACACCUAAAACAACAAUUAUUAACACGCACACAUUUACAGAAGCUGUGGGAUAUAUAUGCUUCGCCUUAUUCGAAGUUCUUAUAGUAGUCAUGAUUUUAAACAUGCUGAUCGCUACGAUGUCAUCGACUUUUCAAAGAGUCUUAGAUAAUUUAGAAGUUGAAUGGACUUUUGGCAAGACUGACUUUUAUCUGGAGUAUAUGCUUCAGUCAGCUACACCAUCGCCUUUUAAUUUAAUCCCGACACCAGGAGGAGUUACUAUGUUUAUGGAAAUGAUGAAUGGUACUCGUGCCGCUGGCAAUAAUGAAGUAGGCGGUUGUUGCCAGAGAAAAGCAAGCCCUAAGGCAUCUUUUGAUAAAAAUAUGAAUGAAAUGGAAUAUCCAGCAUUAAUGUCACUUUUAGUGCAGAGAUAUUUUAGGGAAAAAGAUGAAGCAAAUCAAGCAGCGAGCGAAUUAGAUAUUCUCAAACAAGAAAUUCAUGAAUUGAAAGCUUUACUUAAUGAUAUUAUCGCAGAGAAGGAAUAAUCUAAAUUUUGUUUUUUAUGAUAUACAAUCUUAUUAUAUUAUUUUUAGAUAUACAUAUAUAUUAUAUAAUUUAUACCUACACCUAUAGUUAUACAUAUGUAAAAUGUUUAUAUAAUAUGAAUUAACAAAAUAAUAAUGCAUCAAUAUAUUUUAGUAUUAUCUUGUUUAAAGAAUACUUAUCAACAGUUUAGAUUAUCAAAUAAAUGUCAUAUUUUUCUAUAUUUUGUUUUCAAAUGUUCCAGAGACACAC